GCUAAGGAUAGGACGUAAUAGAGUACCACAUUGGGUCUUUGAACACAUAACAAAAGAUCAUGUAUCAAAAAACAAUGCAGUUGAUAGGAGUAAAUGUGAUUUUAAACCAGAUGAGAGUAUUCACCCUUUCUUCAGAUCUCAUAAUAUGGACUAUAAAGGUUCAGGAUUUGAUCGUGGCCACAUGGCAGCUGCUGGUAAUCACCGUUUAGCUCAAAGACAUGUGGAUCAGACUUUCUACCUCACUAAUAUGGCCCCACAGGUUGGACAAGGCUUCAAUAGAGAUUCAUGGAAUAGACUAGAAAAACAUGUGAGAAAAUUGACUAAGGUUUACAAUAAUGUCUACUGUUGUACAGGUCCACUUUAUUUACCAAGAAAGGACAUAGAUGGCAAGUCAUAUGUUAAGUACCAAGUGAUUGGUACCAACUCCGUCGCGGUGCCAACCCACUUCUACAAAGUGGUCGUAUGUGAGGCAGGAGAUGGCGCCUUGCAUAUGGAAUCCUAUGUGAUGCCCAAUCAACGGCUACCAGAUGAGACCCCCGUGUCUUCUUACAUGGUACCGCCAGAGACAAUAGAAAAGGCAGCUGGGUUGCUAUUCUUUGACAAAAUACAUCGAACUAAGCUGACGACAAUUAAUGGCAAGAAAGUUUAAAUGAUAAAAAUUUAAUUAAAAGUGCAAUAUUAGUAUAAAAUAAUGGUUGUAAAUAAUUUGUAGACAAUAUUUUAAAACAAGACAUGAAUAAAUUAUUGA